AUAUACGAUUACCUUCACUAUCGGCGACGCCAAUGUCGAGUUCGGAAGAACAAGCAGAACUCAUCUACCAAGCGUUGGAUGGAUAUCUCAAUUCGCUAUGUCUUGAGUCCCUAAUGCAUGGGUUGUAUACGGCUGUCCUGCUUUCAGGCCUCUCGAAUAUGCGUAAGACUUGUCUCAUACUGUAGGUCUUGAUCUCUCACUAUAUGUUACUUCAGUCUUCAACAAAAGAGGUCGCAAUCGCCUGUUCAUGGCUGCCAUUAUCGGCGUGCUUUAUAGUUUCGAAACCGUUCACUUGGGAGUACGAUGGUAUUGGGUACGGCAAGCGUUCAUCGUCAAUGGGGAUUCAAGGAUGGCGAUAUACCAAUCCUUCCUGAAUGAGGAUUAUCGCUGGAUGUGGGCCGUGAGUGGGGUGUUUGCGAGUAUGAAUAUCCUGAUAGCGGAUUGUGUCCUGAUUUGGCGCGCCUGGGUCGUCUGGGAUCGCAAUUUCAAAAUCGUCGUCAUCCCGAUAAUCGGUGCCAUCCUUGAAAUCAUUUUCGACGGAUUCUUUCUGUAUCAAGAUAUAGGGCAUACUUCCAGCUCUUCAUUGAGCAACUGGGGACCGGACGCUGUUGAUUGGGGUACCGCAUACUUCACGAUGUCGCUGAUCACUACUGUUCUUUCGACCUGUCUUGUGGUAUUCCGAAUUGCCACAAUGGGACGUGGCGCUAACCAUGCCGUCUCACUUCGGUCGUACAGAGGGGUUAUCGAGAUUGUCAUCGAGUCUGCUGCGCUGUACGCGGUGUCUUUGAUCAUCUUCCUGGCGUUUUUCGCCCGAGAUGAUGCAAGGAGUGUUGUUGGCAUCGCGCCAACGUUGAUCGUAGCGAGGGUGGCAUCUGGACGGGCACGCCCUGACGAGAGCUGGGCGACUAAUUCUUCGGCGACAGGCAACGACAGGAUAUCGCUACCGCUGAACAUCACCAUGAAGACAUCAACGGACGUUGCGCUGGACGUGGUAACGGACAGAGACUUGGCUACCUGGAAGGUCCAUGAGCUGCCUGGGGAUGCAGCGAGUAGUCGUAUAAGCCACUAGAUCCCUCUGGGGAGGUUGGAUGUUUUGGCGAGCAACAUGUUAAAAUUACUGUACUUACCUUUCAUUCCUUUUGUUUUGACUAGCUUGAGGCGCUCUCGCUUACUUACUUUGCCACCGUGGGCGCUCUAUUCUGCCGGAGUACUUUCCGCAGUGAUUGUAAUAUACGCAGUAGAUCCAUAUAUCUGGUCUUUUGACGUUGUGUUUCACCAGUCUUUAACUUGUAUCGAUAUUUUUCAUUCGGGAAGCAAGCGUUGACUUCGGAUUUGAGUCUCUAGCUUAUCGUACUCGAUGACCGGCC